CAUUUGACAUUUGUUUUUAAAAUGGAAACUAUUGUUGAUAUCGUUGAUAUUCAUUUUUCAUAUUUUUGUGAUAUGUGAUUAAAGUAUAGUUUGAAAAGUGAAAUAAUUAAACUACUACAAUUUAAAUUACAGCACAUCUAAGUUAUGAUAAAAAAUGUAAAGCGGGGCCAUUUGAUACUGAAUAAUUGUUGUAAACAUAACAUCUUCCGCUAUGUCCAACUCGGCAAAUGGUAAACUGAGGGGUCCUGGCCGGCCUCCGAAAAAAGGACUGUCAUGCACUUGGUGUAAUGAAACGAAACUCCCACUGAAAUAUGUUUUUCCUAUUACAAAUGGAAAGAAAGAAUUCUGCUCUGAAACAUGCUUGUCAGAGUUUCGAAAAGCAUACAUGAAAGGUGGUGCUUGUUUGCAAUGUGACAAUGUAAUUAGAAUCACCAGUAACCCUUCGAAAGACUAUUGUUCCACAUUUUGUAUGAACAAACAUCAGAAGAAGGAAAUGCGCGUAGCAGCAGUUGCUCCAACUACCCCGUUGGAAGCUUCACCAGGGCCGUUUCAAUAUGAAACAUAUCAACAGUUUGACUGGGAGGAGUACUUGCAUGAAAACAAUAGUGAAGCGGCCCCUCAAAAUUGUUUUAGACAAUCAGUAAGUCCUCCUCAAAAUGAUUUUAAAGUGGGAAUGAAAUUGGAGGCCUUAGAUCCAAGAAAUGUAACGUCUACUUGUAUUGCUACUGUUAUUUGUAUAUUAGGACCUAGAUUAAGACUACGUUUAGAUGGCAGUGAUAAUAAGAAUGAUUUCUGGCGUCUCGUUGAUUCAAGUGAAAUUCACCAAAUUGGUCAUUGUGAGAAGUCAGGUGGUAUGUUACAGCCUCCUCUUGGGUUUCGCAUGAAUGCUAGUUCUUGGCCAAUGUUUUUGCUAAAAACACUAAAUGGUGCCGAAAUGGCUCCAUCUAAAGUUUUUCAAAAAGAACCUCCCAGUCCCAGGACCAAUUUGUUCCAAGUUGGCCAAAAACUAGAAGCGGUGGACAAAAAGAAUCCUCAACUGAUAUGCUGUGCUACAGUUGGGGCAAUAAAAAAUGACCAGAUUCACGUUACAUUUGAUGGAUGGAGAGGAGCUUUUGAUUACUGGUGCAAAUAUGAUAGUCGUGAUAUCUUUCCUGUAGGGUGGUGUGCAAAAUCAGGGCAUCCCUUACAGCCUCCAGGUCAGAAAAAUAAUAAUGGAGCUAAUAGGUUUAGAUUUAGGCCAUCCUUCGUGGCAUUCCCACCCACACCCCCAGUCAGUUCUUCGGUGCCCGAUGUAGUCCAAGCCCCGGAAGCGGACACCUCCGCCCCAUCGGCCCCUUCUACACCGAUCUACUUUAGAAAGAAAUGCAGUGGCGGUCCCUUAAUCGAUACCGCUCAAUUGGCCACCACGAUCGAAGACUCUUCUCCGAUUGGUUUGGCGAAAAAGCUGGUCGGUCAGCUGCUGGACUCCUCAAAUAAAUCGGAGAAGAUUCUGGCCCGGUUGAGCGCCCUGAACGGCGAGGAGGUCGUUCUGAGCCACGAGGGUACCACGUACACCAUCAAGUUGCCGCAAUUGAACGCGGUGUCGGACUUCGAGAACGUGUUUCAGGCUGUGAGUCAAGCUUUAGGGUGUUGUCAACAUCUGUUUGGGUUGGAGGAACCAGCGAAAGAAUGCGGUCUCUGCGAUAUCCAGCCCCCUACGCCGGCUAAACGCAAAGUGCCGGAACAGGAAGCGGCCACGUCCACGACCGUUACGGAAACGUCGAGUGUUUCUGGAUCGCCCGUGACUAGUCUCAACAAGAUCCCGACACAGGAAUGGGGCAUCGAGGACGUGAUCCAGUUCAUCGAAUCCACCGAUUCGUAUUUGGGUUCCUAUGCCGAUUUGUUUAGGAAACAUGAGAUUGACGGUAAGGCUUUCCUGUUGCUCAACUCGGAUAUGAUGAUGAAAUACAUGGGCCUAAAGCUAGGACCAGCCCUGAAAAUAUGCAAUUUGGUGUCGAGACUGAAAGGUCGUCGAUAUGCAUUGUAAUAUAAAUAGGUUAAGUGAAAAUUGUAUUGAUAACAUAUAAAAGCCAAUUAUUUCCGUACUUAAAUGUUUCUUGUAUCGCUAUUUUUAAGUUUGCAUGUACAGGGUGUUCGAUUCAUUCAUUUCAGGUUGACAUUUUAUUGUCAUGGAGUGAUUUCAGUUUAUUCAUACAAGGGCAGAUAAGUAAUCGAAAUAUAUUGGUAAUUACAGAGAAAGAGAAUAAAAAUAUUACUAUAUAAGUAAAUUAGUUAUGUGAAAAAUCACAAUUAUUGACCAGAUUAUUAUUACUCUUUGUUUUAAAGAUGUAAAGCUAUUUGAUUUAAAUAAAGACACAUUUCAAAAUAU